CGAACCAAUCAGAGACGCCGAAGGGUUUUUAAAUCCCCACGAUGCCACACGUAUACGGUCACCAACAGUCUUUGUGUUGAUCGUCGUUUCAAAAAUAACCAAGCGAAACGCAGCAAUUUAUUUUAUUCACCACUCCUCCCAUCGGAUAUGUAUUCGCAUCGCUGACAUGGCAAAGGGGAAGAAAACUGCGGAAAGGACGGACAAAAGGCCGGAAAACGAUUUACAUCAAAAAGUCACGUCCGGAGACACCAAAGAAAACAGGCCAGUUGCUACCAUAGAGCUGGAUUGCACAAGAAAGGCAGGUAGUCCGAAAAAGGCCACAUCGCCUCUGAACAACACCUCUGGCGUGUUCAUUCAAGACCCAAACAACACUGAUGACAAUUACGCAGCCAAGCUGGACAAAGACGCCACAAAUGAGGCUCAGUCAGAGCUGCGGGGAACCAAAGUCGCACAUCAACCUCAGCAAAAGAAAAUGACAACGUACACCAACGUGGCGCUGACAGACCACCGUAAAGUUCCUCCCACCAAACCUCGAAGUCAGAAUCCCCGUAAAGGCAAAGAGAAAAAGAUGGAAAAUAAUGCCUCGCAAAACAGGAAAGUUACAGACUUCUACCCAAUCAGGAGAAGUAACAGGAAAACAAAAGGAGAGCUGAAGAAUGAAGAAGACAAACACUUGGAUGAUCUGAUAAAGAACGGCGUUGAAGAAGGAAUGCAGGUGAGGGUGAUGGAAGGCAAAGGCCGCGGUGUAUUUGCCGUGCGACGCUUCAAGAAGGGCGACUUUGUGGUGGAGUACCACGGCGACCUGCUUGAGCAGGCCGAAGCCAAACGACGAGAGGCCCGCUACGCCCAAGAACCCCAGACGGGCUGCUACAUGUACUAUUUCCAGUACCAGGCCAAGACCUACUGUGUGGACGCCACCCGGGAGACGGGUCGCCUGGGCCGGCUGAUCAACCACAGCAAGGCGGGCAACUGCCAGACCAAGCUCCACGCCAUCGACGGCUCGCCUCACCUCAUCCUGGUGGCGUCCAGGGACAUCGAGGCGGCCGAGGAGCUGCUGUAUGACUAUGGCGACCGCAGCAAGGAGGCCAUCUUGGCUCAUCCCUGGCUCAAGCACUAACAAAAAAACAAAAACAGUCCUGGGAAACAAACUGGUGCUAAAAACACACAAUGGAUGGCUUUUUUUAAAAGAAAAUUUACAAAAAGUUUUAAAAUUAAUGUGCAAUUUUAAUUGUGCUUUUUAUACAUUUUUAUGCUGUACAAUAUUUUUUCUUCAAUCAAAUGUUACACAUUAACUACUGUUGUGACAUUUACCAUCAUGUAAAUUAUUAGCUGCGCUGUACAAUGCCCAAUAAAAGACAGUAUGAGCUGAGCUAGGUGUUAAAAAAAACAAAACAUUUCAGGUAAAAAAAAUGGCUCAAAGUGUCAUGAAGAGAUGUUUACUUUGCAGCCCGUUGUGGAAUGAAUUGAAUUUCUCACCGUUAAGAUAAACAUUCCAGAACGAUAAAAUGUCACGCUUGAAGGAAUUGCGUUAGAAAGUGCUAAUAACAUCAUACUUUCCAGUUUAGGUCAUCUUCAAAAUCACCGAAAGCUUCAUUCGGUACACCAGGAAAUUGCAUCAAAAGACUCGGGCAGUGUGUGAUCUGAUUACUAAACCGCAUCCGUGUGAGGGUCAAAAUACGACGACAGUUCUUAGCAGGAUGGACCUAGCGAAGAAAAUUUGCUCUUUGGUGUUAAUGAAGAUAUUGGUAGUUAUUGGAGACUAAAUUUUCUGGUGUUUAGGUAUAAAUGAAAUUCAUAUACAACUUUUUUUUAUACAUCAAAUGGUCUUCGAUUAACCGAAUCUUGCAGUAUGUAUUUGUUGUAGUUUUCAAUUUGAGACCAUCUUUUUCUGUUUUUAGUGUGCCUGUAUACACUUAAUGUAUGCAUUUUUGUAAAUAAAGAUCUUAAAAUGAA